GGUUAAUCGAUCCUACGUGAUUGGCCAAGGCGGCGUUGUGGAUGGAGUUAAGAGACAGCGCAGAAAGCGUGGCAUUCAACAAUUUUUGAAUGCGCCCAAAUAGGGCAGUGCCUCGGCACGGUCGUUGUAGUUAUAUCGUACGUUAGAUAUUUAUAUCCUAUCUGGGUAUCUUGAAAUUAUGUUUUUCAUAUCUUAUAUAAUUGGGGAUCUCGCGACGUCGUUAUGAUAUUUUGAAUCUUGAAUCUUGGUGUUGAUAGAAAAGAAGUAUGCGAUAAAAAAUUUACAGAAAAAUAAUCGCGAUAAAAAUCUUCGUUAAAGCCCCGCCCCUUUUAUUUUUUUGGAGAAUUUCUUUUUUGGAGAUGGCAAUGUCGACUUUCAACCCCUUAAGGAGUCUCUACCGUGCGGUAGGCUUCUCUAAGGGGUAUAAUUUUUGGUUAUGGUUCGUGUUCGGCGGCUUCUUUCUCGGCUUUGUCGUGGCCCGUUUGAAAUAUCUUGACAUUUAUGGCGUCUUCUGCGCGAGCUCAAAAGGUGGAAAAGAUGCCGCCCCACCCGGCGAAUGUUUCUAUUAUCUACAGCCUGGACGGUACCAAUCGGGGAUCAUAUCGCAUCUGUACCUCAUCUUACCGGCAAGUUUGCUUGCUUUUGCGCAGUUUAUCCCGAUAAUACGUCGGAAGGCAAUGUGGUUUCAUCGAAUUAAUGGUUGGAUCGCGUCCGUGUUGGCACUCAUUGGAACUGUCCCUGCAGUGGUGAUCGCUAGAAAAGCGAUGGGUGGCGGACUGGAUACUCAAUCCAUGGUUUUCCUUCAGGGUGUUAUGUUCAGCACGGCUUUGGUCAUUGGGUGCUUCCACGCCUAUCGACGCAACAUCGCGCAGCAUCGCGCUUGGAUGAUUCGUGCCUGGGUCUAUGGAGGCGCCAUCGUCACCAUGAGAGUCAUGAUGUUCUUCUAUGUCGUAGCCUUGUCCUUCGCAGGGGGCUAUUACUACCCCGAGCCAUGUGAAAAAGUCGACUGGCUACUGAAAGGAAAGAAUGCGACAUUAGCAGCAUUCCCUGAAUGUGCAUCCUUUUACUCUGGAGAGGACCUCAACCGGCAUGUUGCGGUGUAUGCAAGCGUUUUCGCCGGCAACAUAGUCAGCAGAGCAGCCAUCCUCAACCUGGUCUUUGGUCCAUCAGGAUGGACAGGGAUAUUUCUGAAUCUUUUUGGUGUCGAAACUUAUCUAUACCUGGAAUCAGGGGGCCGUAACACGAAGAAAUCGGCUGUUGUUAAAUCUAGAGAAAACGGCGACGCGAUUAAGGCGGACUAAAAUUAGCAUCAUGAAUAAGAUAAUGAAAAUAACGAGGUAAGGUCAGAUCUUGGCAUCUUAAGGACUUGAUGGGUAGGAAUAUGUUGUGGAACUGGCAAUAUGCCUAAUAGCCACCUAGGUAACGGCAUGAUAUUGGUUUAAUAUGCAGCUUAUGUAUGGGAGGAUUUCAUCAUAGGCGGCCUAUGUAUAUAUGUCAUACGAUUCAUUUCGCAUGCUCGUUUUCGUCCACGUAAU